AUGCGCGGGGGCCUGAAGGAGAUGGCGCGCCUGGGUGCGGAGCGCGCGCCGCCGGCAUGGCUGCGUCAACUUCUGGGCACGAGGUUCUUCGAGCCAUGCCCCGAGCACCCGGCCGUGACCGCGAUCCGUUCGACGAGGAGCGUCGGCUGCAACUAUUUCUGCACCAACUGCGCCGGCGGCGCCCUCUGCUCCGGCUGCCUCAUCCGGAAGUCUUCUUCCCAUGGCUUGGUGAGGGUUGCCGACAUCGAGCGCCUGCUGAACGUGUCGCUCGUGCAGACCUACCUCGUCAAUGGCGAGGAGGCUGUGUUCCUGGACAAGAGGGAGAUCUCGGGGAAGGGGAGAGCCGGCACGACCAGGUGCGAGGAAUGCAGCCGGGGUCUCCAGGACCUAGCAAGCCUCUUCUGCUCGCUGGGAUGCAAGGUGAUGAGAUGA